GUUUGAAUCAUCCUCCCAUGCUAUUAGCAUGAGUGCCUAUUUGAGAGAACAGAGAAGAGAGCUCUACAGUCGUAGUGGAGAACUUCAAGGUAGGUGAUUGUAUUUCUCUUGAAAAAUUAAUUUUCUGGAGGAUGAUUUGAAGCAGUUAUGGCAUGUAAGUUUGUUGCCUGCAUUCUAGAUAAAAAAAAAUUACAGACUUGGUAAUCUAUUUCUUCUGUCAUUUCCUAGCAUCUGCUGCCACACAGCUAUAACUAAUGCUCCAGCCAUAGGUCUUAAUCACUUGCUGCCAUUCAGGUGGGAAUUGCACACUAAAGAGAUGAGGCCAGGCUCUUCUUGCUUAGAUAGCAGAUGAGUCCAGUCACGGUUUAGCAGAAUGGCAGUCUUCUGUGGUGGCCACUGUUAUUGUUGUUCUAGUUGUUAUUUUUAACACUUUCUGGAAUGUGACAGGUAUAAUGGAAUUUGGAAAAGGGCAAAAGUAACUGCUAUCAUUAUUUAGAGGGAAGAAGUAUGCCUUUUAACAGUAUGAUCUAAUCAGCAUAAUUUUGAUACACAAGAUUCUUGUAUAGUUACUGAAGAAUUUCAACCUAGAGAAGAAAAAUACUUAGAAAAUAAAUUAUGGUAUGUAAAGCAAAACCAAUAAAAAUUUCCAAAUUUCAAACCAGUAAAAUUUCCUCUGUGACAAAAAGGAACAUGUUAAAUUAUGGUAAAUGUAAUCUAUUAAGAAAGAUUUGUGAGGGCCUGCUAAGUGUCAAGUUGGUUACAAAGAAAUAGAAGAUAAAGCCUUAAGAUACAGUUGUGAAAGAAAUGAAUAUAUACCGUCACUUCAUUUCUAUGGUUCUGCAUGUAGUUGUGUCUGUACUGAACAUGUAUAGAAUUUAUUGUUACCAUUUCCUAAGCACUGUAGUAAAACAACCAAUAUAUUAGGUAUUAUAAGUAAUCUAAAGGUGGAUUUUUUAUCCGUGGGGAUUACUACACACACACACACACACACACACACCAGUAACAAUAUGAAGAAGUAAAUAUUGGCAACUUAAGUCACUAGAAUCACUAGAGGAAUUAAGAAAAGGGAGUGAUUAUUUAAAUUAUUUUAAAAUUCUGGCUUUUUUCAUAAGGGAUAGGUAUGAACACUUUUAAAGUCUUUGAUGUGUAAUGAAAACCAGGAUUGUAAAGU